CCUCAUAUGGGGGAUCUUCAAAAAGUUUCGGCACUUUUAUAUUCUGGUUGGAAACGGUUAAAAGUAAAGAGAAUAGUGAGGAUGAAGUUUCCAGUUGUGCACACAGCUGUGCAGCUGCUGUUCUGGCUUCAGAUUGCUGUACUGUCUCUCGUCACUAGUGUGCUAGGUCAGAGCGAUGGAAGUAGUGUGGUGGUGGCCAUGUACAACAUCAGUGCCCCUCAGAACUCUCAAACAGCACUGCAGUGUUACAGUCAGCGCAUGGUGUGGACCCAGGACCGACUGAAGGACCGGCAACGCGUGGUGCACUGGGAUUUGCUCCGGAGCACUCCGAAUUAUGCCAUGGAACGCCUCCUUGACAUGUUCUCUGCAGGAGAUCAGCGCAUUUACAAUGACAACAACAAGGAACGCAUCAGUAUGCCCAAGACUGCUUUUAAAGAUGGGAAUUUCUCACUGGUUAUCAAGAAUGUGGCAAUGAGUGACAAAGGCAUCUACUCAUGCACCCUCCACCAUCAUUACUGCCAUCUGUUUGAGUCCAUCAAAGUGCAGCUCAAUAUCACCAAAUCAGCCCGCAAGGAGCAGCGAUUCUGGGACGGUCACAAAGCAGUCUACGUGGUGCUGGUGGGCAGCACAGUGGUUCUGCCUUGCGUGAACCGCCGGCCCAUAUGGACGGAGGACAACAGUGAGGAAGAACAGCAGCAGGUCGUUCACUGGGACCGGCAGGCACCCGGAGUCCGUCACGACCGGGCUGACCGCCUCAUUGACCUAUAUGCAUCGGGAGAACGUCGCCACUACGGACCGCUUUUCAUCCAGCGAAAGAUGAACAUCUCAGCCGAAGCGUUCACCUCCGGGAACUUCUCGCUCAUCAUCUCAGACCUGCAGCCCAAUGAUCAGGGACUGUACUCCUGCCAUCUGCACCACCACUACUGUGGCUUGCACGAGAGACGCAUUUUCCAGCUCACUGUCGGCCCACCUGUCCUGCAAGCGCCCACCGAUGACCCUCACAUGCUGCCAAAUGCUAACCCAAUAACAAAGGGGGUGGAUGUACGGACUCAUGUCAUCAAUGUGAUCCUGCCAGAGCACCGAAGUAUCUUACUGCAGGAGAUGGGUUACAUCCUGGCUACACUUCUUCUUUUGGCGCUCAUUAUUCUAGCCAUCGUACUUCUCACCCGCAGAUGGAAGGCACGAGGUAUGACAAGUGAUCCAUCUACAGCUACAAAACCACCACUCCCUGUUGUGAAGUACACCAGGGGUAAUAAUGACUAUAAGAUAGACGUCCCUCAGGUGACGACAUGCACCCAGGAAGAGACUAAACUUGAGUUCAAGAACAACCUUCUGAAAGAGGCAGAGAUGUCCAAGCUUUGCUCUCCUAAGGUUGUUUGCCUGGACAAAGAGAUGAAGAAAUCCUGGCAGUAAGGGAGCAGCCUUGUCACCGGCUGGUCCAGUGGCAUUUAAUAACACAAGGAAUGAGUGAAAUGCAUCGAAGCUUAUUAUAAAAGGGUUUAGGUUUGUGUGCA